AUGUCUGGUACGCAGUAUGAGCAACUGUACCAUGACGAAGACCCCGAAGAAUCUCUACUCUCCUUAAACAAAGACCGACCCGCGCCCAUCCAAGUCCGGCCACCGACUUAUUAUGGCGAUGGCCCAUUCGAGGCACCCAGUUCAGACGAAUCAGAGGACGGCUCUCUCCUCGAAAAGGGCCCACCUGCCAGCCCGGGUAUUGCUGAGCGCGGUAAUACUCAUUUGCAACGCCGCACACCAGCAUCGCUACGCCUCCUUGUCAUCUCACUUGCUUCUCUCGUUGCGCUCUCUGGAAUAAUCGGAAUAAUCGCCGCUCAUUCGUAUGUGGGAAACACCUACCGCGCCCCGGGAAUAUCCAAAAUUACUAUGGAGCACGUCUUCAACGGUACUUUCUCUGCGGAACGACGGAGUCUGGCUUGGGUUCCCGAAGCUGGAGACGGGGUCUUCUCUAUCUCUGAGGAUGGCUUCAUCAAGUUGGUCGACCUGAAGACCAAUACAACCAAGGAUUUGGUUUAUACCUUCGACGUCAAGAGUCCCAACGGCUUACCACUAUCGUGGGCCAGCUGGAAACUCUCCCCCGACAUGAAAUAUAUACUUGUCAAGUCUGACCACAAAAAGCUUUGGCGUUGGUCAAGUUUCGGGAAUUACUAUAUCCACGAAAUCGCGACGAAGAAGACUACCCCACUGAUACCCCCUACACAUCCUCCGACUGUUGCAUAUGCCGCGUGGUCUCCCACCGGCGAGUCCAUUGCCUAUGUAACUGGGAAUGAUCUCUUCUUGCUGCCAUCGCCUUCGUCGGAGAAACCCAUACGUUUGACAUCCACCGGUUCGACAUCUUUAUUCAACGGCGUUCCUUCCUGGGUCUACGAAGAGGAAAUAUUGUCCUCCGCCUUCGCAUUCUGGUUCUCCCCCUCUUCCACAAAACUCGCCUUCUUGAUUUUCGAUGAAAGCCUUGUUGACGAGUUCACUUUCCCAAUCUACAACCCAACCGAAGACUCUGACACAGUCGUCCCAUACACCAGCGAAGUCAAGAUGAAGUAUCCGAAACCUGGUUACGCUAAUCCUUUGGUCGAAGUGGCAGUCUUUGACAUCGAAGCACAUUCUUCCGCCACAGAGUCGAAGGUCGAGUUGCUUACACUCAACUGGAAAGGUCGCCAGGAGGCCAACAACAGCGUAAUUUCGGAAAUCAAAUGGAUCAGCGACGACGUUCUCCUUCUCAAGGAAGUAACUCGCAACGCAGACCACGGAAGCGUAGUGGUGUUCAACAAUCUGGCUAAGAAAUCCUCUGUAAGCUUGACUGAACGCGAACAAGGUGUGGUGUUCCAAAAUGUCUAUCCGCUGCCGAGCGCUCUCGUUUCCUCGCUAUCUUCUGGCACCGUUUCGGCAGCAUACCUGGACGUCGUACCAACGAAGGAAGGGUACAAUCACCUUGCACUAUUCAGUCCCCCGACGAGCUCGGCACCCAUUUGGCUCACAGCUGGUCCCUGGGAAGUCACAAAAGGAGUCUUGGGCGUGGACAUAGCGAAAGGAAUUGUAUACUUCGAGGCUGCCAAUCCAUUAUCAACGUCGCGUCACCUCUAUUCCAUACCUCUGCCUUCGCUGAACAAGGCUUCGAAAGAGACGCCCAAGGUCACCGCUCCUUCAGCGCUCACCGAUGUAUCAGAACCGGGGCAUUACUCUGCGUCAUUUUCUCCACAAGCCGGCUUCUAUCUACAGAGUUAUAAUGGACCAGGUAUACCCACUCAGAAAGUCGUCAAAGCCGGUGAUAGCAAAUUUGAACAUAUACUCACAACUAAUGCGCGACUCGUGAACGUCACCGAGCAAUAUGAGAGCGCAACGGUUCUGUUUUCCACGAUUGAAGUUGAUGGCUAUGAACUGAAUGUCAAGGAAAUCCGUCCUCCACGCAUGGAUGACACCGGCAGGACUAAAUAUCCUGUGCUCUUCAGAGUAUAUGGAGGUCCCUUUAGUCAGCUGGUGGACUUGUCGUACAGCCGCGGCGAUUGGCACGAGUAUCUAGCCUGUGGGCACUCGUAUGUCGUUGUCACUGUUGAUGGGAGGGGUACUGGGUACAAAGGUCGCAAGUUGCGGAAUCCGGUGAAAGGCAACCUCGGUUUUUGGGAAACCAAGGACCAGAUUGCUGCAGCAAAAAUAUGGGCUGCCAAGGACUACGUCGACCCUAAGCGAAUCGGCAUCUGGGGCUGGUCAUAUGGCGGCUUCAUGAGCGCCAAAGUGGUGGAGGCUGGUGCUGGAAUCCACUCGUUGGCUAUGUCAGUUGCUCCCGUGACGAGCUGGAAGCUAUAUGACUCGAUUUACACCGAGCGUUAUAUGAACCUUCCUGAGCUGAAUCCGGGAGGGUACAUCAAUGCAUCCAUUUCCAACGUGACCGCCUUCGAAAAGGUCAACUACCUCCUCGCUCAUGGCAGCGCGGACGACAAUGUCCACUUUUCCAACUCUGCGCAUCUCUUGGACAUGUUUACCAAGGCUCGAAUAAGGAAUUUCAGAGGCCCAUCCACACCAACUUCCUCCCCUGUCACUGUUAACAAGCAGCACCCAAAGUCUCCUGCAUCUCCAUCGCGUGCCAUUGAAUCAACCUACCAUCGCAAAACCCGGGCUGCCCUCCAAGAAAUACGCGCCAUCACCGAGACUUGGGACGAUCUUGUUCUACUCGACGGGCUCAAAGCAGCGCGUAGUUUAGUGGACACACGCACUGAACUCGACAAUGCCCUCGCUCUCGUUCCCAACCGUCUGCCGCGCACUCGACUGGUUACUCCCAAGAUUGAGACCAUGGAGAAGCGCAUCGAGGAGCUGGAUGUCGUCCUGCUCAAACUGCAAAAGCAGUUCCGGAAGAUGAACGCUGUGAUCGAGGGAUUGGAGGCGCUGCUCAUCGACGCACAUAGGACCAAGGGGUGUAAGUGGGCGUCAGAAGAGCCGAUGUGGGUGACCUGGUCGCUGGAGAAAUUCGUGUCGGCGAUUGCUGGUCUUCUGCCACCAUACCACCGGUCACUUAAUUUGCACAUCGAGCUGGUCAAUAUUAUCCGGAGCCAUUCUGUUUCAUUUGAAGACUCGCGAGACGCGCUGGCCAAAUGGGCGGAUCAAUCAUUGCUGGAAGAACAAGGCUGGGAGGCGAACUGGGAGGAUUUGUGUGUCGCAGAGGUGGAGAAAUGGGACUCUGCGCGCUGA